AUGGCUCUUUCCAAGAUCGGUUCUAUUGUAUCGAUUAGUCAAAUCGACGCGAUCUAUCCGACAGAAAAAGACCUAAUAUACGAUUUGAUGGAAAGUGGAUUACUCAAGAAAGAUCGCAUGUGUGACAAGUGUGGAGCCUCGAUGAAGCUUCGUAGCCGCGGAGACGGGUUGGAGUGGAGAUGCCGAACGUCGAACAAAAAAGAUUGUAGUUCGAAAUCCGUGAAAGCCGAGUCCUGGUUCCGUCAUUCUAAUUUGGACUUCAAGACUGCGCUCCGCAUUUUUGUUGGUUUCUCGUCUAAACUCUCUGGAAUCCAACUAGAGCGGGAGCUUCAUUUGUCCCAUAGCACAAUAGUCGACUGGAGUUCAAUGAUCCGUGAGAUUUGUGUGGGAAUUGCUGAUAAUUACGGUAUGAUCGGAGGAGACGGAAAAGUUGUUGAGUUGGAUGAAACUGCGGUGCAUUCGAGGAAAUAUGGGAGAGGAAUUCAGAAGGCGCCGACAGUUUGGAUUUUGGGGGGAUUGGAACGUGGAACCAGGAAUGUUUUCGCAACUAUAGUACCGAACCGAACAGCAAAAACGAUGGUGCCAAUCAUCAGAAAGAACGUUCAUGCUGGAUCUAUUCUGGUUACGGACAAGUGGGGAUCGUACAAUAAGCUUAGUCAAUAUUAUAGUCGUCAUGAAAACUUGAAUCAUGGAACUGAAUUUGCUAGAACAGCCGACGAUGGUCUAUCAGUAAAUACGAAUUCUGUGGAAGCCGCCUGGGCGCGACUUAAAGAACCUCUGAAACGUGGUCACGGAACAACAGAUGAUAAUUUGCCAGGUUACAUUGCGGAGUUUGUGGUUCGGGAGAGAGAGUCCCGGAAUUUCCUGACAAAAAUGCUUACAUCAAUCGUUAUCAAGGAAUAG